UCUGGCGGAAUUGUUGUUUAUUUUGUUUUCUUUUAUAUUUAUUCAAUAAUAAUAAUUUCUGAUAUGGCUGGUGUUAAACGUGAAAGAGAAGACGACUCAAGCGAUUUGGAUCAUUCCGACGGAUCCUUAUUCAAAAGAACAAAGUUUAACGAUGGUUUUGAUGAAUGUAAAGAUGAUGAAAUGUCUGAUUCAGCUCUAUCAUCCAGAACUGUUGGAAGGGUACGGAAGAAAUCAGCUAAGGUGUUGGAAAUGGAGGAAUUUGAAGAAGCUGAGAAAAAACAAUACAAAAAGCCUCCAGAUUCUAAUAAAAAGACUACAAAUUUGAUAAAAUGUAGUGGGUCAGCUACAAAGGUGAAAGUGAAAACAGAAGAAAUUGUUGCCACUGAUCCACCUGAAAAUAUCCCAGAUUCUACAACACCCCCUCCUAAAAAACCUAACAAAAGCAGUGUUAUCAAGUUAUUACUGAGUUCACCUGCUGUUCCAACUGUUCCCUCUGUUAGUACUAAAGCUGUUACUAAAUCAAAGCCAGAAGUGCAUACUGAGGUAGAAUCACAGGGAGUUACAGCAAGUACUAAAAAAGCCAUAAAAUCUAAAGUUAAGGUCAAAGACUUGACCUCCCCAUUACCUCCAAAUGUUAAAUUAGAAAUUGAAACUGUAGAGGAAGUAAAAGCACCGACCGUCUCCGACUUAGCCGUUUUGUCUCCUACUUCUGCCAUUUAUGCUAAUAUGCCUGAUAUAGCUUCAAUAUCUCCAAGUAGCAAAAACGAUGGCAGUCUUAAAAUGAAAUUGAUACUUUCUCCAAAACAAGAAAACCCAACUGAUAUAAUAAAACCUGAAUUCAGUGUUCCUGAAACACAGGUGAUAAAAAAUACCAAAAAGCCCAAGAAAAAAAAAGAAUCGCCAACAAAUGAGCCAACCAGCACAAGUAAAUCACCAUCUGAGGCCAUGCCUAAUCUAGCAGCAUUAGUGAAUGCAGCAGGGAAUACUGCUAAUAUUAAAAAGAAACCACAGCCUAAAAAGAAAUCUAAGAAAAAUUUAGAAUUUGAGUUUGAAACUUUAGGGGAAACAAUGGACUCCAUUGACAGAGAUGAAGAACCACAGUUAGUAAUAGUAGAUCCAACACAGUCUACAAGUAAAAAGAAACCAGUAAAGAAAACUUCAACUGGUAUUGGUAAGAUAAAGAAAAAAGUUAAGACUGAACCAGACCUGGAUGGUGAAACAUUAGAAGGUCCAGUUCCACCUGAAGGUGAUCUAGCAGCUCUUUCUGCUAAAGUUCAUAAACAAGUUAUUAGUAAAAAAAAGAAGAUGGGUUCAGAUAUUCUUAAAAAGCCAAAGAUUAAGAAGAACAAGAGACCGCCUACAGCUUAUACUCUAUGGUGUAAUGCUCAUAGAACUGAUGUCCUUAAAGAAAAUCCUAAAAUGGAUUUUGCACAGAUGAGUCGAAGAUUGGGUGUGAUAUGGCAGGGUUUGUCUAAAAAAGAAAAGUUGUCGUGGAAGAGGAAAGCUAAGAAGUUAGCAGGAAAAGGAUCAACAUUGAUUAGUACUGGUAAAACGAAACAACCAGCUCAGUCUCAACCCCUUGCAGCAGCAUCCGCACCAACUGGUGUGGUAAUAUCUACUACAGCCAAACCAAUGAGUCCUGUUGCUCCAGUCACUAAAAGAAAUUCAGCAGAAGAGCAUUUAAAUAUUACUGUACCCAGAGGUUUGGGAACUGAUCCUGUAGAUGUGGCAGCUCAUCUUAAGUUAAUGGGAGAAUCUCUAAGUAUUAUAGGCAUGAGACUACAAGAAACUAAGGGUCAUAUGGCAGUUCAAGGUGGACUGUCUGUUUUAUUGGAUUCAUUAAUUUGUGCUUGUGGACCUUUAAUGUGCUUAACUCAACAAGUUAGUGAACUUAAUGGAUGUGAUCGAAAUACUCACUCAAAGACAUUAGAUAAUAUAGCUUAUAUUAUGCCUGGACUUUAACAGAUAUGGAAGACAAAAGUGCUCCGAAUUUCUAAAUUAAUGAAUACUACAGCAACUUGUUUAUACAAUUCUAUUUCUGUUUAAAUGUACAAAAUUGUGAGGGAAAAUGCAGAAGUACUCAAAAAGUGAUAUUAAAAACCCCACAUCAUUUGGAUUAAAAAGAUUUCUAGUCGGUUUAGACAAAAUGGACAAAGACUCUUUACUGAUUAUUAGGCUACAUAGUAAGAAAAAAGGUAUGGAUUCAUGGACAGUGGUGAGAUUGAUUAGUGCAAAGUUUGGUUAAGAAUCUAUUUUAAAAGGGAUAACAUUGUCAUGAUCUAACAGAGUAUGACUUUAUGUAAACACUCUACAGGUCUGAGUUUUUGGUAAUAUUUUAUUCAGACUUACUGGGAUUGUUUAGCUGGUCCUACAUGUAAUUGGAGAGACUGUAUGACUAUAGAAACAAUUAUAACUGUUCCUGUCACUGAAUUAGUUAAAACGUUCUACAAGCCAAAAGUUUUUAAGAUGGAAUUCAGAAUCCCCCAUCAAUUUUUAUACGUCCACAUUCAUCCAACCACCAGGGGCAGAGCCACGGCCAAUUUUUGUGUUUUUUGUCUACAGGCUGGAAUUCUGAAUGGAGCAUCUUGGAACUUGGCAUAUUUAUUCCUUGUACUGUAAUUACAGCAACUAUUUAUUUUGGUGCAUGCCCCGACCCCCUGGGGCAGUGUCACACCCACUUUUUUUUAAUGUUUAGUCUUUAAAUUUGGCAAAACAGCGCAACGCCUAGCCUUCUUUGCCUCCUGUCAUAUUACAGUCAUUGCAGCUAUUUCAUAUUUCAUUCACUUCAUUUUAAAAAGUACCAUAUCAGUGAAAGCAGGAAUGUGGACGUAUAUUGCAGCAUUAGCGAUGCUCUAGUUUGUGUAGUUGUUUCCCCCGAUUCUGACAGUUUGCAAAUCACCCUUCAAAAACAUUAUGUUAUUACGUAUAGAGAGAUAUAUAUAUAUAUAACAUUACUCUAUCCCACACUAAAUUUGCUUAUCUGUAUACCAGUUUGUGUGUUUUUGAUUUGUUAGUGUGUCAAGUCUUUAUACAUCAUAUUUAUGUUUUGUUAGAUUUUUAACCAAACACCCGUUACUUUUUAGUCAACUAUUCAAUUCUGAACUGUUAUUUAUUUUUAUAGGUAUAUGUUUUAUGUUCUAUUCAAAUGUUGAGCCUUGGUUUCAAAUUGUAUUAUUUAGUCCAUUAUAUGUAUUUGUUAUUUAGGUGAUUCCUAAUUUAUUUAAGGUUUUAGAAUAGGGCUAUGAUAGUAUUGGCAUUAUAGAAUGUAAAAUAAAAAUAUAUGCUAUUAAA